AUGGCGGUCCCAGCAAUUAUUCCAUUCCUGGUGGGAAUGAUGCUACUGACAGGAUGUGCUAAUACCAUCCUCACCAAAUAUCAAGAUCAGCAGUGUGUCCGGAAUUGUCAUGACCUUGACCCUUCGAGACGUCACAACUUCGAGCAGCCUGUCAUUCAAACAGUUCAAAUGUUCAUUGGUGAAAUGGGUAGUUGGCUUGUCCUCGGAGGUGCCUUCCUCUAUCGAUACUUUGUCCUCCGCUCCUCAGACGCUCCUCUUCUAUAUCAGCCUGUAAAUACCGACGAUCAUGACGAAGAUGAGCGUGAACCCUUGUCACCCACCAGAUCUAGAGACGCCGCUAGUCCCGCGUUGAAGCCUCUCGUACCCAAUGCCGAUGAUCGAGCUCCCUUGGCUGGUUACAAGAUCACCUUACUAGCAAUCCCCGCCUGCUGCGAUAUCACCGGCACCACCCUCAUGAAUGUCGGUCUCUUGUUCGUGGCUGCUUCGAUAUACCAGAUGACAAGAGGCGCUCUUGUCCUUUUUGUGGGACUAUUCAGUGUCAUUUUCCUCAAGAGAAAGCUCUUCCUAUACCAUUGGGUCUCACUCUUUAUUGUAGUCUUGGGCGUCGCCCUGGUCGGUCUGGCUGGUGCCAUCUACUCGGGUGACAAGAACUCUCCUUCCAAGGUCGAUCAACACGAGCUUCUGCAUACCGCCCUACAUGCCAUCCGAGAUACUAUCGGGCAAGCCUCUGAACCCGCUGUCUUGAGGACCGUCUUGGGGAUCUUUCUUAUAGCUUUUGCCCAGGUAUUUACCGCUACUCAGUUCUGUGUUGAGGAAUGGAUCCUGGAAAACUAUGCUCUGGAACCCCUGCGAGUGGUUGCUUGGGAAGGUCUUUUUGGUUUCGUCGUCACGGUUCUACUGCAAAUCAUCCUACAUUUCACGGUUGGCGUUUCAGCAAAGGGUAAAUAUGGCUAUUUCGACGCCGAGGAAGGUUACCGCCAGAUGUUGACAAAUCGAACCAUUGCCACCACAAGCAUAGCCAUCAUGUUUUCCAUUGGAGGCUUCAACUUCUUCGGCUUGUCCGUCACAAGAAGUAUUUCAGCAACUUCGAGAUCCAUUAUCGAUACUUGUCGAACUCUGUUCAUUUGGAUAGUCUCGCUCGGUCUUGGUUGGGAAACCUUCAAGUGGUUACAAGUCGCUGGAUUCGCAUUGUUGGUCUACGGAACUUUUAUGUUCAAUGACCUGGUCAGACCACCCAUCAAAGCUCUUCUACCCAGAGGAGAAAAUCUGGAAGAGCGCCAGAAUCUUCUACCUGAAGACCCCAUUGAACAUAUGUAG